UAACCAUUUGCUGCAUUCGAUUCGUAUAAAGUUUUGAUUGAACCAUAGUUUGCAUCGAAUAAAAAUUCAAAUCAUGAUUCAUACUGCGGUUUCGCUAUCAAAAAAAAACGCCCCAUAAUAAAAACAAAAUUUCAAUAAUAUUAGUGUUUUAAUUCUUGUGAAUGACAACAUCAAGCGUCGUUUGGGUUAAAAAAAAACUUUCCAUUUCAACUCGUCAACCGAGUGGAACUAUCUUUGUUUCCAUUGAAUUUGGAAUAUAAAAUUGUCGAUAUUGUUCUAAAUAAAUUGCAAAACGGUAUGAAAUACCAAACUGAAAAAUACACAGCACUUACUCAAUGAACAUGGAAUUAUUGAUUUUUUCAUUUGGGAUUGUGAACCUGCGCUGUAGCAGAGAUAUCACUCAAAUAUAUGCUAUUUCCAUUGCGGUGUGACGUCAUUUCUUCGGGUUGUGAGCAUUUAGAUUAUGAACGAAGUCAUUCGUUACAAGCCACCGAAGAUCGGCGCCGCUGCGGCUAAAGGUGGUGGUGUCGAAUGGCGUAUUCUUGUAGUUGAUAAGCUGGCUAUGCGCAUGGUAUCGGCUUGCUGUAAAAUGCAUGACAUCAGUGCCGAAGGAGUAACGCUGGUCGAAGAUAUAAACAAGAAGCGUGAACCGUUGGCAACAAUGGAAGCCGUUUACUUGAUUACACCAUCGGAAGAAUCGGUGCGAUCGUUGUUGAGAGACUUUGAAGAUCCAAGUCGCCCACUUUAUCGAGGCGCUCAUGUUUUCUUCACCGAAGCCAUACCAAAUCCAAUACUUGAAAUGAUCAAAAAUUCAAAUGUCGUAAAAUUUAUGAAAGCCUGCAAAGAAAUUAACAUCGCAUUUAUACCGUAUGAACAACAGGUGUUUUCGCUGGAUUCACCAGACACGUUCCAAUGCUUAUACUCGCCAAGUCUGCAGGGUGCACGUUUAGCUCAAAUGGAACGUAUCGCUGAACAAGUUGCCACACUAUGUGCCACUUUGGGCGAAUACCCAUCCGUUCGAUAUCGCCUUGAUUGGGAUCGAAAUGUUGAAUUGGCUCAAUUAAUCCAACAGAAAUUGGAUGCGUACAAAGCCGAUGAACCAACUAUGGGUGAGGGACCUGAAAAAGCUCGUUCACAGCUCAUAAUCUUAGAUCGUGGCUUCGAUUGUAUUACACCAUUAUUGCACGAAUUAACGCUACAGGCCAUGGCCUACGAUCUCUUGCCUAUUGUCAACGAUGUUUACAAGUACAUGCCAUCACCAAACUCUGCUGAUAAAGAGGUGCUUCUAGAUGAAAAUGAUGAAUUAUGGGUGGAAUUGCGCCAUCAACACAUUGCCGUUGUAUCGACAGCCGUUACACAAAAUCUCAAAAAGUUCACCGAAUCAAAGCGCAUGACACAAGGCGACAAACAGUCAAUGCGUGAUCUAUCGCAAAUGAUCAAAAAGAUGCCACAAUAUCAAAAGGAGCUAUCGAAAUAUGCAACACAUUUGCACUUAGCCGAGGAUUGUAUGAAAUCGUAUCAAGGUUAUGUGGACAAAUUAUGCAAAGUGGAACAGGAUUUGGCGAUGGGAACCGAUGCCGAAGGUGAAAAAAUUAAAGAUCAUAUGAAGAAUAUUGUUCCAAUUCUUUUGGAUUCGAGCAUCUCAAACUAUGACAAGAUUCGUAUCAUUGCCCUUUACUGCAUGGUCAAGAAUGGCAUAUCAGAAGAGAAUCUACGAAAAUUGUUCACACAUGCCCAAAUUGGUGAAAAAGAGCAGGAUAUGGUGCGAAAUUUGAGCUUCUUGGGAGUGAACACCAUUCAAGAUGGCAACCGAAAGAAGACAUACAACGUGCCACGCAAAGAGCGUAUCACCGAGCAUACGUAUCAGAUGUCACGUUGGACACCAGUUGCGAAGGACAUCAUUGAAGAUGCGAUCGACGAUAAAUUGGAUCAGAGACACUUUCCAUUCUUGGCUGGUCGUGCCCAGAGCAGCACAUAUUCUCAUGCACCGACCAGCGCACGUUACGGCCAUUGGCACAAAGAUAAAGCGCAAACCUCCAUCAAAAAUGUACCACGUGUCAUUCUAUUCAUUGUGGGUGGCAUGAGCUACUCGGAGAUGCGUUGUGCAUACGAAGUGACUGCCGCCAAUAAAAAUUGGGAGAUCAUCAUCGGUUCCUCACACAUCCUAACGCCAGAAAUAUUCUUAAGUGAUCUCGUCACACUCAACAAAGAAGACUAAACAAAAUCAAACAUUUAAAAUCACAAACCACAAUCUGUGUAACAAAAGAGAAAAAUGCGAUAUUGUGCGAUCGCAACGCUCGCUUGAUAUGGGGCAAUAUCAUCUAUAGCCAACGCAAAACACGCAAAUGGUAUUGGUGCAAGGAUGACAAGAAGAAGAAAAAAAACUAAGUGUUGCAAUGUUCAAUUAGAUAACAUUUUAUGUAAAGCAAAGCCACACACGAUACAAACAAACAAAAACUCAAUGUACCAGAGUGAACUUUAAACGGCUAUACACCGAACAGGCAGCUCUUGGCUCCAUUUCUUAGGCUAAGAGCUGAGCUCUUCGUAAUUUAACCACCUUAAUUAAGACAACAACUACAACAACAAGACAUACACACACAACCCAAAUAUUUUUGACAAAAACUAAAACAAAACAAAAAACAAUUUCACCCUUUUUGAAUCAAGCACUUUUCAGAACAUCAUCUCAGAAUCUUUUUCGAAAUCAAUUUGUUUGUUUCUAUUAGAAUAUUCCAGUAAUUUAAAGAAACACAUAUUAGUAAUGAGUGAAAGAAAAAAUAAAAUAUAAUGAAAAUAAGAAAAAAUUAUAUAAUUAUAUAUGCCUUGAUUUAUGGUGAUAAAAGUAUUAUUAUUAAACUAUUAUAAUUAUUAUAAAAAUGUAAAACGAAGAAGAUUUUUGUUUUCUUUUGAAAAAUUACCAAGAAAAAAAAAACAAGAGAAGAGGAAAAAAAACAUCACCUAAACAUAUAGAAUAUUUAUUAGUGAGCAUGCUUCUAUUUAAAUUGAUUGAUUCAUUAUUGAUUAAAUUAUUACACAAUUAAUAAAAGAGACAAAAAAAAAAAUUGAGCAAAAAAAAGUGAAAUUAAAUUAUGAAUUGUUAAAUCGUUUUCGAGAAGGUUGAAAACGGGAAAGAAAUAGAGAUGAAAAAAAUGUAUUUUUUAAAUUAUACUUCACCUUCUAACGCUCGCUUUGAAGACAUAAAAUUAACUGGAUGUCGGUUUAGGGUUUUAAUAUAUAAUUACUAUUAUUAUACUUUUGUUGAGUCCCACAAGCAAGCAUUUUAAUUGAAACAAUUGGAAAUUUACUGAUAAAUGAAAGAAAAAUGUAAAGAAAAGAAAAAACAAAAUACUGUGAUUAGUUGAGUUAUAGUUGUUUAUGUUCUGUUUUCCCAACAAGAGUAAAAAAAUGUAAACGAACAUGUUUACAUGAGUUGAAUAAUUUUUUCGCCUCCCGUCUAAAAUGAUGCAUAUGAAAGGAAGGAGUUUUUAUGUUCACGCAAUUCGGCUAAUUUCGCCACAUUAUAUAUCAUUCAGCAUUCAAACAAACGAAUAAAAAGAUAAUAAUAUAUUUUAACUAAAAAAAAGAACAUUUAUGGACAACCAUCAAAUUAACAAUUGGAAACAAAAGCAAUAAUUUUCGAAUUAAAUAUUUGAAUGACUUUUGUGAAAAACGGAAGCAAACAAAUGGAACAAAAAAGAAAAGUCAGAGACGAAUGAGUUCUCUACGCAAAAAAAAAAUGGCAAAUGCAAUUAAUUUUGGUUUUUCUACAUGAAACAAUAAUUUCGUGAAAAGCAUAUUCAAAAUUGAUUUUGUUAAAAAAAAAAAAUUAGUAAAAAUCGAAUCAAUAGACAAUUUUGUUAAAAAUCAAGUUUCUUUUGUUUUUUUUUUUUCCUCUAUGCCGUUAUCUCGCCAUUAUUUUCGUUCGCUUUUCACGCGUACGAAUGGACACCACAUUUUAACAGAGAACAAUUUUUUUUUUAUCGUUUUGUUUCUUUAGAUUCAACAAAAUAAAAAUUGCUUAGAUGUGAUAGCCGAACGAAGGUGAACUAAUUUUUAGCAAAAGCCAAACACAGACAAAAAUGAGAAAAGAAACAAAAAGAAGAAAUAAAAAAAUGACGAAGAAAAUGCAUGUGUGUAAUUUUCCAAUCUCUUAUCGCAUUGCCAUCGAAUAAAAAACGUUCAACUUUUAAAUGUAAAUGUUUAAUGUGCUUGAGAAAUUGAACAACCAUAAAUAAUAUCAAAUUGAAAUCUAUUUUACAACAAACAGCAAACAGAUACACACUCACAUCCGAACACACAGAAUAUCCAUAGAAUCAAUGUCAUUCUUUUUGUGUACAUUUAUGCGGCUCGCUUUAAAUUUUCCAUUCUCCUAUGAUAACAGAUUUGUUUAUUUUCUCCUUGUGUUUUGUUCUUCUCUUACACCUUUCGAAUUCGAAAUGAUCUUGUGUACGCGAAACAUUUCAAUCCCAAACUGUUUUGACCAUUGUUCACGGCACAUUGCCACGCAACGAAACACAUUCCACAGCAACACCACAGCAGCAACCGAAUCGAGUUCGUUUAUUUUCGUUCUUAUCGUAUAGAAUCAAACUGCAAUUACCUCUUAAACUCUCUUCAUUCUUCAAAUUACAAAUUUAAAGAGAAAUUUAACAAAAAAAUAAACGAAAAAAAAAUUAAAUAUCCUAACUACAUACUUAAACUAACGCAUAUUUCAACCAUAUAGAUUUUCAUCGUAUAAUCUAAAAGCAUAUUUAACGAUUAAUAAACAAAAAAAAGAUAAAAAAACAAUGUCAAUUUCAAUUUAACUAAAACAAUAAAUAGUUUAGAGCUAGAGAAGAAGAAAAAUUUGGCAAAUGAAAGGCGUUACAGACAAUUUUAGCGACGUUAUUUAAAGCAUUUACUUCGCAUGUGAAUUAGUUCAUUCAAAUUUAGUAAAAAUCAAUAAAAAAACAUAUUUAAAAAACA